CCGGGCAGGAAGGGUGUGUGGAGGCGGGCGCAGCCGGGCUUUAAAAGUCCUUGCGGGAACCGACUCGCCUCCGUGCCACCCCGCUGUCCCCAUGGCCCCCAUGGUGCCACUGGCUCUCCUGGCACUGGUCGCCCUGCUGGCCCCGGGGCUCGGGGUGGCCUUUCCCGGCUGUGACUACCCAGCCCACCUCUGGUGCAGCUCGCGGGAGAUCGCCAUCGCUUGCCAGGCGGAGAGCCACUGCACCAACCUCUCGCGCUCAGCGGCCGCUCCCGUAGAGGUGAGCCUGUACUACGAGAGCCUGUGCCCGGCCUGUCGCUGGUUCCUGAUCCAGGAGCUCUUCACCUCCUGGCUGCUGCUGCCCGCCGACGCCGUGAGCAUCACCCUGGUGCCCUAUGGCAACGCUGAGGAGAGGAACGUCAGCGGGAAGUGGCACUUCCAGUGCCAGCACGGUCCGGAGGAGUGUUUGGGCAACAUGAUCGAGACCUGCGUGAUGCAUGAGGCCAAGAACUUCAGCACCUACUUCCCUGUCAUCUUCUGCCUGGAGUCAGGCAGCUCCGUCACCAAGAACCUGGAAGCCUGCCUGCAGAUCUACGCCCCGCAGCUGGAUGGGGGCCGAAUCACCGCCUGCGUGCAGGGGGACACGGGGGCCACCCUGAUGCACCACAACGCCCAGCUGACCGAGGCGCUGGACCCCCCGCACCAAUACGUGCCCUGGAUCGUCAUCAAUGGGAAGCACACGGACGAGCUGCAGGCGCAGGCCGAGGCCUCGCUGCUGGGGCUCAUCUGCCGCCUCUACCAGGGGGAGAAGCCCGAAGCCUGUCAGGGCUCCGCAGCCCGGAAGGCCCCGGCCGGCUGCAAGCGCUGAGGGACGGCGUGGGAGCACCGAGCGAGCAGCAAAUAAAAAGGAUGGGGUUUUUUAUGGAAAAACAAAA